AUGGCCCCGGAAAAGGAGAAGUCGAAAGUUCACAAGUUGUCUUUGAAAGGCUCUGCGAAGCUGGUCUCGGAAUUUUUUGAAUACUCCAUUCACUCUAUACUUUUCCAACGCGGCGUAUACCCGGCAGACGACUUUACAGCAGUUAAGAAAUAUGGCCUCAACAUGCUGGUCUCGGCAGAUGACCAGGUCAAGGCAUAUAUAAAGAAAAUAAUGUCACAACUGAAUAAGUGGAUGCUGGGAGGCAAGAUAUCCAAGCUGGUUAUUGUCAUCACAGACAAGGACACCGGAGAACACGUUGAGAGAUGGCAGUUUGAUGUCGAAAUAUUCAAACAGUCAAAGAACAAGGCUGCUAAAGCUGCAACUGAUAAUGAAAACGCCAAUCCGGGGGCACAAGCCGGCAGCUCUGCGCCGGCUGAAAAAUCUGAGAAAGAGAUACAGGACGAGAUUCAAGCUAUAUUCCGUCAAAUCACAGCAUCAGUCACCUUUCUACCAAUGCUUGACGGAAACUGUACGUUUAACGUGCUCGUCUACGCGGAUGCCGACUCUGAAGUGCCUCUGGAAUGGGGCGACAGCGACGCCAAAGAGAUUGAAAAUGGAGAGAAAGUGCAGUUACGUAGUUUCAGCACGAGCAACCAUCGGGUUGACACCAUGGUUAGCUACAGGCUAGCAGAGUAG